AUGGCCGACUUUGCUUCGCGGAAUUCGCUGUCGAUCUCGACGGACUUUAACAAUGGCGGGAGCGGCGGGGACGGCAAGGACGCAGCGUCCGCGGCGGACGUGACCUUCUUCGACAAGGCCGCAACGAUGUUUGCGAACAAGUUCUCCAAGGACGGCGACAACGAGCCCCACGCGCACCCGACAUGGGGGUCUGUCAUCAAGCGCGAGAAGUUUCAAGACAUGGACCUCCUCGAGAGCGGCAACGCCCGAGAGUACAUCACAGAAGAGAGCUUGAGCCCCACGAGUGCGAAAGCAUGGACGUACAGCACAGUCCACCGCAUCAACAAGACGCAGUACAAAAUGUUCUGGAACAACGACCAGUUCCUCCUCAGCGCCAAGCAGCACAAUGGGAUAUUUUACAUUUCCCAGUACGAGCAUUUUGGCGAGUCGUCCGGCGAUACGAGCUCGAGCGGUGCUGUGCCCACGUCGCAUUACUGUGCCGUACUCAAGCGCACGACCGACAACAGCUUCAAGCUGUACAACUGCGGGUGCGAGGGGUGCGACCAAGGCUUUAGCAAAUACACGUGCAGCAACGAUCACGAGAACGCGAGCAACUUUGGCUUUACAGAGGACGCAGGCGAGGGGGCGGACCGCCAGUUGCUCGCGGACAUUUCGCACUUCACCAAGGUGGUCAGCGGUAUUUCGAGUGAAAUGCGGUGCCUGAGUGUCGUCAUUCCUGCCGUCAUGGAGGACAGUCGGUCGCGUGUGAUUUGGUGUCCGCGCAUGUGCCGGAGCGACACGCCGUCGGGGGGCACGCCGCGGACGUCGGUCAAGACAGAGCUUGUCACGUCGCCGUCGCCGCACGGGAAGAAGACCAAGUUUACAUUUGAGACGCCCGUGAGCGACCGUGUCAAGCUCGUGAGCAAGCUUCCGUCGUGGUGCAGCGAAGUCAACAGCUUAAUCAUGAAGUUCCACGGCGGUCGGAUCCGCGAAGCGUCGGCCAAGAACUUUAUGCUGGUCAUGGACGACGACGACGACAAGGCAGUGUUUCAGUUUGGCAAGUUUUCCAAGUCCAAGUUCAGCCUCGACUUUCGAUACCCCCUCGCCCCCAUCCAAGCGUUUGCGAUCGGGCUCAGCUCGUGCUCGUGGAGUGCAAAAUCCAAACUGAACAACUAGACGCCCCUAUUUAGCCCAACCUGAUAUACAUGACACUUUGCACUGUUCCCUUGCAUGACGUUCGUCGACAGGUUGGACGUAGGUUCGACCACGGCGCGCAUGUGUGUGCAGGUG